AUGACCGGACAUCAGGGGCUGGAUGACUAAUCUCGAAGCUUUGUUUGGGCGACACCUCCGUAACUUUAAGCAUCGACUGGCAUAUCUCAAGCUACUUGCAUCACGACUGACAUGGCACCGACGAAGCCGACCAAAAACACAAACCGGAAGGCUGCCUCCACUACUAAGAGGCGGCGCGAGAAUGACGCGUCUGCGCCUGAUCGCCGAGGGAAACGUCAAAAGAUCGCGCCAGCAACUGAACCUCUCAUCCAGGACCAGGCUGCAAGGCCACGGCCAGCGAGGCAACCCCCUGCCAGCGCAUUACCCGUCCCGAACAGGAGACCGACAGAGCCCCUGAACAUCUACGUUCUUGGGGCCAACAGUGGUGGCGAGCUCGGCCUGGGGCCCUCGGUCAGGUCCGGAAACGUCGGGCGACCGCGCCUGAACCCGUACCUGUCUGGUUCUGCGGGCGUUGUCCAGGUCUCCCUUGGCGCGAUGCACGGUGUUGCCCUCACGCUGGACAACCGGAUACUGACGUGGGGAGUCAACGAUCAUGGCGCGCUGGGCCGUGACACGUCCUGGGAGGGGAAUCUGGUGGACGCGGGUGGCGACGAAAGCGAUAGCGACGAAGACGGCGAGCUCAACCCAAAGGAAUGCACGCCAUCACCGGUCGAUACGAGUGCUAUCCCCCCGGACACCAUCUUCACACAAGUGGCCGCCACCGAUAAUGCCACCUUUGCCUUGACCAGCACCGGUCGUGUGUAUGGAUGGGGUACUUUCCGGUCAGAGGACGGGAAGUUGUCCUUCACACGAACCGUCAAAGUGCAGUCCAGACCUGCUCUCAUCCUUUUUGUCAAGGAUGUUGUUAAGCUCUGCUGUGGAAGCAACCAUGUCCUGGCCCUCACAACUGAUGGCUUCGUGUACACCUGGGGCAGGGGCACCGACGGCCAGCUUGGCCGCCGAUUCUCCUCGAGGGUUGUGGACUGGAAUAAGGAAGGCCUCAUUCCACGCAGGGUUGCACACUUGAAGAGCAUCGUCGAGAUUGGAUCCGGCUCCAAUCACUCCUUUGCGAUUGAGCGCUCGGGCUUAGUGUAUGGCUGGGGGUUUAACAACGCUGGCCAGAUCGGAGUCGUCGACAACAGCGGCGAAUACGAAUCAGCGUAUGAUUUCGCUCUUACGGUUGCUGUCCCGAGCCUUGUCAAAAGCUUGGUAGGCCUCCCGCGGAUCACGCAAAUCACCGGCGGCAACUUUCACAGCAUGGCAAUCACCGAGGACGGAAGGUGCCUGACCUGGGGACGUCUCUAUUCGUUUGCUACCGGUCUCAAGAUCGACACCCUGCCUCUUGAUCUUGUCGUUCGCGACUCGAGAGACAAGCCCAGCUUUCUCAGGGUGCCGACUGCUGUCCCGGGAUUGUCCCCGACGCUUGUGGCAGCAGCAAGUGAGCACAGUCUUGCAGUCAACACGGACCACAAGGUCUAUUCUUGGGGUCUCAACCUUACCAAACAGAUUGGCCACAAGGAAGAGGAGGUUGAGGUCGCCACACCGCUCAGUCAUCCCUCGAUUGUGGACAAGCGGUUUGUGUGGGUUGGCGCUGGGGCGCAAUACAGCAUGAUUGGCGAGCUUGCUGCCCCAAACUAAGAUUUUCUUUGACGAGAUUUUUGCAGCUGGGAG